UACUUCUCCCCUUUAGCGAGCUGUGCCUUAGCAUCCCUGACCUUCCCGCCCAGCCAGAACCUAGGCGCUGGGUGAGACGCGGCUGCGCGAAGUGCGCCAUCACCAUGGUAACCGCGGAAGCCCGGGCCCUAGGAGAGGUAUUUUUGAAGUUAAUGGAGCCGGAAGAAACACCAGAAUCAGAGGGUUAUGAAAAGUUCUCAUUUUCCUCACAACAAGAAUAUGAAGAAUCCCAAGAAACAGAUGAGCCAGGCGCAGAGAACCCCCUCCUGCAUCCGGCUCUCACGGGGGACGUAGAAGGUCUGCAGAAGAUUUUCGAGGACCCUGAGCACCCUCACCAUGAGCAUGCUAUGCAGCUGCUUUUGGAAGAAGACAUUCUUGGGAGAAACCUGUUGUACGCAGCUUGCAUGGCUGGCAAAAGUGACGUAAUUAGAGCCUUGGCAAAGUAUGGGGUGAAUCUGAAUGAAAAAACUGCCCGAGGGUACACACUCUUACACUGUGCUGCAGCCUGGGGCCGUCUGGAGACUUUGCGGGCCCUGGUGGAACUGGAUGUUGAUAUACAGGCUUUGAACUUCCUGGGAGAGAAAGCGCGAGAUGUUGCUGCUCGCUAUUCUCAGACUGAGUGUGUUCAUUUUCUGGACUGGGCAGAUGCAAGGCUGCUUCUGAAAAAACUAAUUAUAAAGUCCUCUCUCGUUAUUACUGACCCAGAAAAGGGCCCAGGGAAACUCCUCAAGGAAGACAAGAACACCAUCAUCAAUGCAUGCCGCAUGAAAAACGAGUGGUUGGAAACUCAUCCAGAAGCUUCCAUCAGUCAGCUGUUUGAGCAGAAACAACAACUGGAAGACAUUAUGGCCCCCAUCCUCACAAAACUGUCUACACCGCGUCAAGUGAAAAGCGCCAGAUCCGUAGUCUAAGCUGUGGUCAGCAGAGAAGACAAGGCUGGACCUUCUACAGAUGCCACAUGGUGUAGAAGGCUCUUUAUGUUCCAGUGUUAAAUACGACAAGCCCGUUCCUGCCAAACUCAAGAAACAGACCCAAGAUUUUGCAGAAAUGUUUGAGUACAAAUCGAGUCACCCUAGCUUUGUGUUAGGCUAUUCAGAAAGCUCACACCUGGAUCGGGGCUGGCCCCCUGCUCCUCCAAGCACAGCUCCUCCUGCGUCCUCCAAGCACACCCCAUGUUCCUUUAGAAGAGCUGAGGGAGGCUUUAAAACCCACACUGUGUAUCCAAGGAAAGAAAUUUCCACUUGGCUAGGGAAUUCCAUUUUUAAAAGAUGCGUUAGUCCAGUUCUAAAAGAAAAGCAUUUGUUCCCUCUCUUUCAAGAAGCAAAUACUAAGAAUUGUUGGGACAGGGUCCUCUGGUUUUAGCGGUUACUUUUUAUGUCUGAAUUAAAAUUCACCUGGAAGGUGGGACAUAGUCCCAGAGAAAAGACCAGUUACUUUAACGUCUGUAAUAAACACAGAGCUGUCUAGUUUCCCCUCUCCAGGGGGUUUGGUAAUACAGAUGCUGUAACUGGCACCGUGCCAUCUCCUACCGUUCUCUUUUAUAUUGCCUGCGUUUUAAAGGUCAUGGUUACCAAAAGGGUCUUCAGAAAGUCUUUUUUUUUUCUAGUCAAGUUAAGCAGGACCCUGAACUUCCUAUUACUUUGUGACUUUCUGGAAAAGUUUUUAUAGAAAAUAAAAUAUUUCUAAAAGGAGAGAGAAUAUUCAUUCGUCAUUUUUAUCACUUCCUCCUCU